CUCACGUAAGACAGUGGUGGCGGUGGUCGUGUUGUGUGUGGCAAGCAGAUAUGUAUUUGUUUUUCCUUUUCUCGCUACCAUAGUCUUGUGGUUCUUGUUGAAGGUAGGGACUGUGAAGUUACAGUGAGGAGGGAGCUUAAGCUUGUUUGCCUCGGCGCCAGCUGGUCUCUGGCAAGGGCGCUCGGUGCUGUUCAGAUAAAGCCUUCUGCUCCUUCAAGUAGCACCACCAGGAGGAGGCGGUUGCUGUUGGGGGAGUGGGGUUGCCUGGCCCUUUCCUACUUGGCUAUGUCAGACAAUCAGAGUUGUUAUUUCUCCAGCUCCGAAGAGGACACCGAGACCGAGCUUGGACUGCCUGUUGAGCUUUGCGGGGUGCUCAGCAAGUGGACCAACUACAUUCAUGGGUGGCAGGAUCGUUGGGUAGUUCUGAAAAGCAACAUACUUAGUUAUUACAAGUCUGAAGAUGAAACGGAGUAUGGCUGCAGAGGCUCUGUCUGUCUGAGCAAGGCUGUGAUCACGCCCCAUGAUUUUGACAACUGCAGAUUUGAUAUUAGUGUAAAUGAUAGCAUUUGGUAUCUCCGAGCUCAGGACCCAGACCACAGACAGCAGUGGGUAGAUGCAAUAGAACAACAGGAGGGACCCUCUAUAAGUUCACAUUGAAAUGGAGGAGGGUGUGAA